UACCACCGCAAAAUUAAAAAUACAAAAUUGAACCUGAUAGCAAAGCUCGAGUCUUUACGCAAACAAUAAACAAAGUUUGGCUCUUUUGUCAUCAGAGUCCUUACAGAUUCAUCAGUCAUGGCGUUCCUGCUUCGCAAUUCCAUCACUUCCCAUUUCCAAUCUCAUUCACAGAGGGCACAAAACGACUCGCUUUCCCAAUCGCGCCGUCAGUUCCAUGUCGAACCAGGGCCUCGCGAGAAAGCUCUCUUGGCAGAGGACCCAUCUCUAAAACGAUUCAAAUCGCAUAAGAAGGGUGUGGCGAGAAUUAAAAGACUUGGAGAUGUUCUUACCGUUGUCGUUGUUGCUAGCUGCUGCUAUGAAAUAUAUGUAAGAGCAGUGAUGCGAGAAGAGGCUAGGAAACAGGCAGGGGCUUCAGGUGCAAGUGCAUGAUCAAGUGUGCAUGUUGGUGGUGAUUUGGUUGCCUGCCCACCAUGUUGGAACUUAAUGAAUCUGACUCUGCUAAAUAAGUAGAAAACAGAUUAUGGUGUUAUGCUUUCGGAAUACUGUUUUGUUCUGAUCUCUUUUAGGUUUUGCUACUUAAUAAAAUCUGUUCUAUAGGCGUCUUUGAACAAUUUCCAUGAAUGCGGCUGAGUGUUCUCUGUUUUUGGCAGUGAAUGUUUUGCUUAAUUUGAACCCAAUGGUAGUUGCACUGAAUGUACUAAAAUUCCGCCAUACAAUUUUUAUCUUAGAACUUUUAGA